AUGAAAAUUUCGGAAGAAACACUCAGUAGACAUGAUUUGUCAUCAUUUCCAAAGAGUGCCAAAUACGUUUCCGCCAAACGAUAUCCUUCCAGAUUUGCUUUUGCCAAACGCCAUGAACUUGAAGAUAUGAACAACUAUGAUACGAGAGCUAUGCGUUUUGUUUUCGGCAAACGCUUUAUGCGUAAUUUCGCAUUUGCAAAACGAGAUCCUUAUUCAUCAUUCGCUUGA